AUGUUGGAAGGUGAAAGUAUUUUGGAGAACGCGUGCGUUGCAUUGAAUGUAAAGGACGAGAUGUUACAAUUUGAUAGAGAUGAUUCAUGGAAUGUUGUCUAUGAGCAACUUAAAAAUAAGUCCACUAUUUUAAAUCAGAAUGCUUCAGUGGAUGCUGCCAGAGAUAUUGAAAACCGUUGGAAAAAUCGUUAUCGUGAUGUCAGUCCAUUUGAUUCUACUCGGGUGUUCUUGUACAAUGCACGUGAUGGUGAUUAUAUCAAUGCAAGCUUUGUGAGCAUUCCGGAUGUCCCUUCUCGGAAAUAUAUACUAACACAGGGACCUAUGCAACAAACAGUAAACCAUUUUUGGUUAAUGGUAUGGGAACGUCAGUGCCCUGCCAUUAUUAUGCUGAAUCGUUUUAUUGAGAAAGGCUCCCUCAGAUGUCAUCCAUAUUUUCCCCACAAUGGGGGUUCUUCUGUACUGAAGUUAAGUGAUGUUGGGUUAAUUGUUGAGUUGGAGGAAGAGACAAAUACAAAGCUCUUUAUACAAAGAAAAUUUAACAUCACAAACACUGAGACCAAUGAAAUUCAUCGGGUUCUGCAUAUGCAAUAUACUAAAUGGCCAGAUUUUGGAGUACCGAAUUCUCCUAGUGCAAUAUUGAAUUUUCUUUGGUCUGUGAGAGCCACAGGUGCACUAGAUAAUUCUCUCUAUCCACCGGUUGUUCAUUGUAGCGCCGGCAUUGGACGUUCAGGGGCAUUCGUUCUUAUAGAUUUGGCAUUGAUCUUGAUUGAACAGAGGAACUCUGUGUCCGGUGUCAGUAUCAGGAAUUUAUUUCUUGAAUUGAGGAAAUGCCGUAUGGGUAUCAUUCAAACAGCUGAUCAAUUAAGAUUUUGUUAUUGCGCUAUCAUUAAAGCUGCUGAUACUUUGCUUGCUACGCCGGUUGACCAACGACCGUAUGUCAAGUUUGAACCUGAUAAAGAUGAAACCGAUAUCAUGUUGGGAGUUUCAAGUGAAGAUGAGUCAGAGGACUUAGAAGAUGAUGUAGAAGACCUUGAUUUGGAUGAAUUUGAAGCUGAAACAGAAGCAGUCGAAGAUGAAGAAGACGUAGAAACAGAGCUAUUCAAUCCACUAGAUAAUGUUGGUGUCAGAAUUCGAAACACUACAUUUAAUUCUGGUCAUAUUAAUCAACAUACCAUCACUACACCGUGGGUCUCAAGUGUAAAAUCUUUAUCCGCUUCAGAAGCAGAUUCUGUUGUCAAAAAGCCAAUUGGAUCAUUUGAUGAAAUGAAUCACUCGCAGAAUUAUUCUGGUAAAGACAUAGAUUCCUCUACCAUGGAUACAUCGGAAAGUCUAAUUGAUUUAAUAGUCAAGAAAUCUAAGAAUGGACUACCAGAUAUGGCUGGCAAAUCAAAUAAACAUACAUAUUCGUGGGACAGAAGUAAUAAUGCUUUACCUACCAGUCAAAUGGAAUCAUCUGUAGCCAUAUCUGACGGUACUGAAACAAAUUCAAUCUCUUCUGUCAUUUCAACGUCUCAUUCAAUCACGCCUACUUUCCAUCCAGACGGGGAUAACUCACGUGCAUCAGAGCUACUGGGACUGGGAGUUUCAUCAACAGAUACAGCUAUGGAUGGAGCAGGUUCCGAUUCGUUGGCUGAGGAAUAUUUAGCCGCUUCGAUCGAUUUACAUGAACGUCGGGCAGCUAGAUUAGCUCGACAGGUGAGAAUGCGUGAACGAAUUGAAAACAUGCGAUUACGAAUGCGCGAAACAGAUAUGGAACGUAAGCGAUGGUUACCUGCUCGUAUGCUCCAGUACCUUCGUCGAUUUUACGCUGAAAGCGGUUAUGUGCGAAGUACGACUGGCGCCAUCAUUAGUAGUAUCUUUAUAGUGGCAAUUAUUGGUUUCAGCACAAUUGCUUAUGUUUACUGGUAA